AUGGAUUCCUGGAUGGAACUCGCGAAAGUUGGGACCAUCAAGUUCCUGAUGACCAUCUUCCUUGGGGGUGCGCUCUGCUUGUGUUUGAAAUCAUGGGAAGGGUUUCACAAGCCUGUAGCGCUUUCCAAACACGAUGUCCAGAUCUUUAACGCGCUCACUAUCGCUCUCUCGAUCUGCUUAGGUCUCAACCUCCUGACUUCGCUCAAACGCUAUGCAAUCUUCUUGCGCUGGGCGAUAAUCACGAGAUACUGGGUACCUAUAGAGAUAUUUGACCUUAUUCUGGGCAUCGAUGAGCUCACGAAUGUCGCCAAACUUCUCGUUCUGUCUACGCCGGCACUCGAGCAUAAAUGGCUACUGGGUAGAUCUCGACCAUGGCGAAACUCUCAUCCGGGUUGUAGGAGGAAAUUCGCUAUCGCUUGCUUCAUCUGGUUGCUCAUUAACAUUGGUAGUCAAGUCUUGGUAGCCUCCAUAAGCUUGUUCUGGCCCAUGGAGUCGUACAAGUGUCCACUUACAGAAUACGGAUCCGUCGCGGUAGCGGACCUGUCGAAAUGGGAUAAGGCAGAAGCCGGUUCCACUGUUCAUUCCUCCCGGGAAGCAGCCUGGAGGUUUGGCUUGGAGGCACAGUCUUGGAGCAACUUUCCUGUUGCAGAAAAGGCCCCCGACCUAUCUCAACUACCAGGGACCCCAAUCUACAAAGGGGAAGACAGCUUCGAGUAUCGCUUCUACUAUCGUAAUCCAGAACGUCUUUACAGCGACUACCUACCUAGCAAUCGCAUUAUGAAGGCAUGUGCAACGUGCAAGCAAUACCAAAUACUGAGCAUGGCUUCUGGAAGUCCUAGCCCUGGUUUGCCAGAGACUCUCUUCGCUAAGGCAAAAUUUCUGGAAGAAAACACCAACGUUUCGAUACCCCUCUACGGUGAAGGGAUGGUCCUAUGGCAAGCUAUCGUUGGCGAAACGUGCGGCGCGCGCUGUACGCAGCUCAUAGUCUUCCAGAAGAACGGAUCGAACACACUCACAGCAAAGAGCGUCAACAAGGAUUCCUUGUGGAUAUGUGAGAAUGAAGUGACUAACAUCUCGACAACUGGUUUUGGCACAAGUCAUUUUGGCAUCAGUACUACAGACACGGCAAUCUAUGGGACGGAUACCUUUGCCAAGUUGGCAGCGGGCGCCAUCGGCUGGACUGGUUAUUCUCAGGGAAAAUGGUUAGAUCGUCAGUGGCGCUUGUACACACAAGAUUCUCCGUGGUCUCCGAAGCACGUGCUCAACACCCACGACGUCGAGGAGAUAAUAAUGCGCUUCAGCAUUGGUGCAAUCGCAGCCUUCGAUAACCAUGCUCUCGCUGCUUUCGAUGACCAUGGUGUCCGCCAUCAAAUCAAGACAAACGAACUUGUCUGCCCGAAGGAUAGCCAACAGCUCAACGUCGAUUGGUUACAUAUCCUCGGCAUUUUGGGUAGCAUAUGUGCUAUCCAGCUUGCUUCACUGAUCGGUUUAAUCGUUUUUGCCAACCGUGCGAUUAUCCGUGACACAAGCUGCUUAAGCACCGCUGUGCUUUUGAGGCCGGUGCUGCUAUACAGGAGGAUAAAAUAUGGCUACAGAGAAAACGCAGACGGUAUGCCGUAUAAGAUCGCAGUCUUCUUUCAAGGCCGAGAUCCGAGCGAGAUACCUCCGGAGUGGGCUUCGGGUCGAUAUAGAUGA